AUGAAUAUGCACAAUCUAUCUAAACUUACCUACCUCAAUGCUGUCAUCAAAGAAGGACUCCGAGUCUACCCACCCGGCCCAGCGGGAUUCCCUCGUGUCACAACUGCAUCUGGAAACACGAUCUGCGGACAAUAUGUCCCCCCAAACACCGUGGUUAUUGUGACUAAUUUGGCAGCCUCCUUCAGCACAAGAAAUCACACGAAUCCAUGGAAGUUUGCGCCGGAGAGAUGGGAGGGAGCUGCUGAGUAUGCGGUGGAUGAUCGGAAGGCUUAUCAACCUUUCAGUUUUGGACCCAGGAAUUGUAUUGCUCAGAGGUAUCUUCUCUCUAUCUCCUCUGAUUUGCUCGGCAGGCGCUAAUAAAAUUGCUAUUCAGUCUCGCCAAUGCAGAAAUGCGCCUCGUUCUCGCUCGCGUCCUUUGGGCGUUCGAUCUCGAAUUGCAGCCUGAGAGUAAGAAUUGGAUCGAUCAACGGGCUUUUGCACUUUGGGAGAAACCUCCUUUGAUGGUUAAGAUUACUCCUAGGAAGUUAUAAUCUGCUUGUUAUAUGCUCGCCACCAUGGAUUUUGAGACUUUAGAGGAUUAGAUGUAGUGGCUCGAAGACAUUAAUUAGCU